AUGGAGAACAAUCUGGAGGUUCCUCAUAAACCUACAAACAGAACUACCAUGGCUGUGAAGUACUCCACCCCCACCCCACCACCCCAGCAAGGGCUCCUCCGCACACCCCAAUUCCAGUUAGGUCUGCUAGUCUCCGAAUAUAAAGAAUAUAGGAAAUUCUUGUCUCUGAACUCACACUAUACUAAUCAUCUGAGGACUUAUGCAGGAGAGAAACCCUAUGGAUGUGAACAAUGUAAGAAAACGUUCUUCCAGAAUUCAGACCUCACUGUACAUCGUAAAACUCACACAAGAGAGAAACCUUCUGAAAGUGAACAAUGUAGGAAAAUAUUCUACCAGAAGUCACACCUCACUGUUCAUCAGAGGACUCACCCAGGAGAGAAACUCUAUGAAUGUGUACAAUGUAGGAAAACCUUUUCCCAGAAGUCAGCACUCACUGUACAUUGGAGAAUUCACACAGGAGAAAAGCCCUAUGAAUGUGUACAGUGUGGGAAAACAUUCUCCCAGAAAGCAGACCUCACUGUACAUCAGCGUACUCACACAGGAGAGAAACCCUAUGAAUGUGAACAAUGUAGGAAAACAUUUUCUCAGAAGUCGAUACUCAUUGCACAUUGGAGAAUUCACACAGGAGACAAACCCUACGAAUGUGAAGAAUGUAGGAAAACAUUUUCCCACAAGGUAGUCCUCACUGUACAUCAAAGAACUCACACGGGAGAAAAACCCUAUGAAUGUGAACAAUGUGGGAAAACGUUCUCACAGAAGUCGUCUCUCACCGUACAUCAGAGAACUCACACAGCAGAGAAACCAUAUGAAUGUGGACUAUGUAGGAAUAUGUUCUCCCAGAAGUCACACCUCCUCACUGUACAUCAGAGAACUCAUACAGGAGAGAAACCAUAUGAAUGUGGACAAUGUAGGAAAACAUUCUACAAGAAGGCACACCUCACUGUGCAUCAGAGAACUCACACAGGAGAGAAACCCUAUGAGUGUGAACAGUGUAGGAAAACAUUCUACCAGAAGUCAGCCCUCACUGUACACCAGAGAAUACACAGAAGAGAAACCCUGUGA